CGUGGCUCCCUCGCCAGUCGGUCUGGUACCGUCGCGUCCCGUCAUGGUUUCUUUUUCUUUUUUUUUUUCUGCCGGUUCGCCCCGGCUAUGCGGUUCCUAAACCCUCGCCCAACGCACUCGCUCAGUUCCUGUCCGUAGGUAGGCACCUAGGACAUUGCCCCAAACCAACAGCUCCCUCUCUCCUUUGUGUUGUAACGGCUCAAGAAACUGCAAGUCGAAACAUCCAACCAUACCUACCUCGAGCGCCGUCAGAACUCAGAACAGAGGCCCGACAUUUUCAAAGCGGUCGGUAGGCCAUGUCUGUUCAGACCCCAGCUCACCAUCCGCCCGAGGACGGCCUUGUCCUCCCUCAGCCCCAGAAACCGUCGCUCCUCUUUGGCCCGACAGACCCGCCUCUGGUAGACCUGACACUCGGGGAGCUGCUGAACCUGCAAUGCCUUCACCACGGCACGCGAGAAGGGAUCGUGAUCCCGUGGACGGGGGCGAGAUGGACCUACAACGAGCUUAACCACCACAGCCGGCUGCUGGCGGCCGCCCUGUUGGAGAUGGGCAUCGGCGUUGGCGACAGGGUGGGCAUCAUGGCAGGCAAUUGCGAACAAUACGCCGCCGUGUUCUUCGCCGCGACAAGGAUAGGCGCCAUCCUGGUGAUCCUCAACAACACGUAUACCCCGACUGAGGCGCAGUACGGCCUUGACUUUUCCGAGUGCAAAGUGUUCUUCACCACGAAGAGGAUAGGGCGGCUCGAUCAAGGGCCGCUCCUGGACCAGCUCGCGGCGCGGGCGACGGGCCCCAAAGUCGUGAUUCUGCGGGGCGACUCGGAGGGGUACACCAGCUACGGGGACUUGCUGUCGCGAGGCUCCCGCGUCGACCCGGACCGGCUCCAUCAUGCCGAGAUGAAGGUGGUUCCGCACCUCGUAUGCAACCUCCAGUUCACCAGCGGCACCACCGGCCUGCCCAAGGCGGCCAUGCUAACUCACCACAACAUCGUAAACAAUGCCCGCUUCAUUGGCGACCGGAUGCGGCUAACCCCCGCCGACGUGCUGUGCUGCCCGCCGCCGCUCUUCCACUGCUUCGGCCUGGUGCUCGGGCUGCUCGCGGUGCUGACGCACGGGGCCAAGAUCGUGUACCCGGCCGAGGUGUUCGACGCGCGGGCGACGCUGGAGGCGAUCGUGAAGGAGCAAUGCACGGCGGCGCACGGGGUGCCGGCCAUGUUCGACAGCCUGCUGGCCCUCCCGGAGGCGCGGCGCCUACGGGCGGAGGACCUGCGCCUGCGCACCGGCAUCAUCGCGGGCGCGCCGGUGCCGCGCCACCUGAUGGAGCAGCUCGUCUCGCGGCUGGGCAUGGCCGAGUUCACUUCGAGCUACGGGCUGACGGAGGCAUCGCCGACCUGCUUCAACGCCUUCACCGACGACCCCAUCAGCCUGCGCCUGACCACGGUCGGCACCCUGAUGCCGCACGCCAUGGCCAAGAUCGUGGACCGCGACGGCCAGAUCGUGCCCGUCGGCACCCGCGGCGAGCUGUGCAUCGGCGGCUACCAGCUGCAGGCCGGCUACUGGAACAACUCGGAGAAGACCAACGAGGUCAUGGUGCGCGACGAGAGCGGGGUCCUGUGGCUGCACACGGGCGACGAGGCCGUCUUUGACGAGCGCGGCUACUGCUCCAUCACCGGCCGCUUCAAGGACAUCAUCAUCCGCGGGGGCGAGAACAUCUACCCGCUCGAGAUCGAGGAGCGCCUGGUGGCCCACCCGGCCAUCGCCACCGCCGUCGUCGUCGGCCUCAAGGACGCCCACUACGGCGAGGUCGUCGGCGCCUUCCUGGGCCUGGAUCCCGCCCACGGGCACCGGCCGCGGCCGGGGGCCGAGGAGGUCAGGGAAUGGGUGCGCCGCAAGCUGGGCAAGCACAAGGCGCCCACCCACGUCUUCUGGCUCGGCGUCGACGGCGUGCCCAGCACGGUCCCCCUGACGGGGAGCGGUAAGGUGCGCAAGUUCGAGAUGGCCCGGCUGGGGAACAAGCUCCUCGAGGAGGCAAAGGCGAAGCUCUAAGAAAGAGAGAGAGAGGAGGGAGAAAGGGAGCGGGGAGAAAAGAAGCGAUGGCUGAUUAUUAAUUACCUGCCAUAUAUUCAUGAGUCGGUUCAAUUGAUUUUGGGAAACUCGAGGAAUAAAGGGCUAAGUAGCGAGGGUUUAAUUAACGUACAGACAAGUAUCUGUCAAUUCAAGAUUUUUGAUAAAUGUAGCAUAAAGCUGCUUGAUAGAGGGCGCCGAUAAUAUGCGCGCUCCUAGACGUCGUCGGGGCUCAAUGGGAUUGUAAUUUAC